CUUCCGCGUCUUAUCUUCUGCAACGUGAUAACAUGUGGGUUAGGUAACAAAUCAUAUGCUCAUCUUCUUCCCCACCCGAUCUCCUCGCAUAUAAAUCCUCGUGCUCCGCGUUUCCAUCUCGAUCGCAACCGGACCACCACGCACACCACCAUGGCGUCCCUGCGGUGCAGCCUCCUCCUAGCUCCCGUCCUCCUCCUCUCCAUGCUGGCGGUGGGGUCACUCGCUGCCGGCCCGGGCAACAUCGCCGUGUUCUGGGGCCGGAAUAAGGACGAGGGCACGCUGCGGGAGGCCUGCGACACUGGCACCUACAACACCAUCCUCAUCUCCUUCCUCACCGGCUUCGGCGGGCACGUCGCCCCCUCGCUCGACCUCUCCGGCCACCCGCUCGCCGGCGUCGGCGACGACGUCAAGCACUGCCAGUCCAAGGGCAUCCUCGUCCUCAUCUCCAUCGGCGGGCCCGCCGGCGGCGCCAACUACUCCCUCCCUUCCCAUCAGUCGGCCGCGGACCUCGCCGACCACCUCUGGGACGCCUACCUCGGCGGCUCCCGCGCCGGCGUGCUCCGCCCCUUCGGCGACGCGGCGCUCGACGGCGUCGACUUCUACGUCGACCAUGGCGGCGCCGCCGCCGCCGACCACUACGCUGAUCUCGCCAGGCGCCUCCACGGCAGGAGCCGCGGCGGCUACCGCGGCGUGACGCUGACGGCGACGGUGCGGUGCGCGUACCCGGACCCGGACCUGACGGCGGCGCUGGCGACGGGUCUGUUCAGCCGCAUCCACGUCCGGCUCUACGGCGGCGACCUGAAGUGCGAGUGGGGCCAGUUCGAUUCGUGGAACAAGUGGGCGGCGGCGUACCCGGGGAGCCGGGUGUUCGUCGGCGUCGUGGCGUCGCCAGAGGCGGACAAGGACGCGUACCUAUUCCAGAAGGACCUCUACUACGGCAUCCUGCAGUUCGCACAGAAGGUGCCCAACUAUGGAGGGCUCAUGAUCUGGGACAGGUACUACGACAAGAUGAACCACUACAUCAGCAGCAGCUAAAUUAUUAAACCUUCGGUCCACAUGGAACUUAAUGUUAAAAGUUUGUUAUCCGCAUAUAAAAAUGGAGGAACUCGUGUUAUAAGAUCGGACACUGAGAGAGAUUGUCUUUGAUGUAAUAAAGAAGAGAGACUCCAUCUACAUUAUAUGUUCAGAGUUUUC